AUGCUGUCCCUGCUCACGACCCUCCUCCUCGCCGGCUCGGCCCUCGCCGCGCCGACGGCCAACGCAAACACCAACAAGUGCACGUCCAGGUCCACCAAGGUCAAGGAGUGGACGGUCCACGACUUCGACUUCCACUCGUCCGAGGUCUUCACCACGCCCGCGCACCAGAACUCGUGGGGCUACGUCAACUUCACCCUGUCCAACCCCGUCGUCAGCUACCGCCCCGUCUGCUCCGCCAGCUCCAACCAGCUGAGCGACUUCUUCUACGGCAACUUUGUCUACAACUGCAACGUGCCCGCCGAUGGCGACAAGGCUUCUUUUACGUUCGCGCGCCCCACCAACGAGCUCAAGCUCAACCAGACGUGGAACUGCCCCGGCGAGGGCAGCCGCUUCGACGCCCGCGGCGGCGCCAACCUCAACCUGACGUGCACCACGACCUUUUGGCAGAACCCCAACUGGACGCCCGGCAACAUCUACUCGACGCGCAACGUCGACUGCAAGAAGAUUACCGUCAAGGUGCCCGUCAAGGAGAUGAGUGGCGUUGCCUAG